UUAGAAAGCAGUGUCUGUCUGUCCUACAGUACUGAGCUCCCAAACCACCCUGGAACCAAGAAGUCCAAGAACGGAGCAUGGACCAGCCCAGUGGAAGAAGUUUCAUGCAAGUUCUUUGUGAGAAAUACAGCCCUGAGAACUUCCCAUAUCGUCGUGGACCUGGUAUGGGGGUGCAUGUCCCAGCAACUCCACAGGGUUCACCUAUGAAAGAUCGCCUCAACCUUCCGAGCGUGCUGGUGCUGAACAGCUGUGGCAUAACCUGUGCAGGGGAUGAGAAUGAAAUUGCCGCCUUCUGUGCUCAUGUAUCUGAGCUAGAUCUUUCUGACAAUAAAUUGGAAGACUGGCAUGAGGUCAGUAAAAUUGUGUCCAACGUUCCCCACUUGGAGUUUCUAAACUUGAGUUCCAACCCUCUCAGUUUGUCCGUUUUAGAGAGAAGGUGUGCUGGGUCUUUCGCUGGUGUUCGCAAACUUGUGCUCAACAACAGCAAAGCUUCCUGGGAAACAGUCCACACAAUCCUGCAGGAAUUACCAGACUUGGAGGAGCUUUUCCUGUGCCUUAACGACUAUGAAACAGUGUCUUGUUCUCCGGUUUGCUGUCAGUCUCUCAAAUUACUCCACAUAACUGACAAUAAUCUUCAAGACUGGACUGAAAUUCGAAAAUUGGGAAUUAUGUUUCCAUCACUGGACACACUUAUUCUGGCUAACAACAACCUCACGACCAUUGAAGAGUCAGAAGAUUCCCUAGCAAGGCUGUUCCCCAACCUGCGAUCCAUUAAUUUGCACAAGUCAGGUCUGCAUUGCUGGGAAGACAUUGACAAGUUAAAUUCUUUUCCCAAGCUCGAGGAAGUGAAAUUGCUAGGAAUCCCUUUGCUGCAGUCCUACACCACUGAGGAACGCAGGAAGCUGCUAAUAGCCAGGUUGCCAUCUAUCGUCAAGCUCAAUGGAAGCAUCGUUGCCGAUGGGGAGCGAGAGGACUCGGAGCGAUUCUUCAUCCGAUAUUACAUGGAGUUCCCAGAGGAGGAAGUCCCAUUCAGGUAUCACGAGCUGGUCACAAAGUAUGGGAAGCUGGAGCCCUUGGCAGUCGUGGAUCUUCGGCCACAGAGCAGCGUGAAGGUGGAGGUUCACUUCCAGGAUAAGGUGGAAGAGAUGUCGAUCCGUCUCGAUCAGACUGUGGCAGAAUUGAAGAAGCACUUAAAAACUGUAGUGCAGUUGUCAACAAGCAACAUGCUGCUCUUCUACUUGGACCAGGAAGCUCCUUUUGGUCCCGAGGAGAUGAAAUACAGCUCGCGAGCACUGCAUUCUUAUGGCAUUCGGGAUGGAGAUAAAAUUUAUGUGGAGCCCAGAAUGAAAUAGCCUCUUUUGACCUUGUGAGUGCACGUACGUGCACACACGUGACCCCACACACCCACACACAUGCAUUAAGGAGUUUUUGCAAGGUUUUUAUUUCAGUUGGUUGGUUGAGGUUUGGUUGCGUUUCUGUAGCAGGUAAUUUCUUAGCCCGGAGGAAGUGCCCUGAUCUGAGAAGCGUGCCCGCCAUCCACUGCAGGUGACCUUGAGGUGACAAUUGACUUCAGUGCGUGUGUUUCAGUGUGUGCGAUACCUUGAUGUUUUCUUCGAUGCUCCGGUAUACUCGUGAUUUGGCAUGAAUGGUCAGUUGUCCAAGCUAAAGAAUGCUAGGGUCGGUAAGGGAGAAGAUGGCUCAGUGCAGAAUUUGACCUGUUUUUUUCUUUUUCUAAAUUUUGGGGGUUUUGGCUCCACCAGAGCGCCCUUUGGCCUAGCUAUCUGACUGUGGCUCGAGCUUGCUGAAGUAUUUUUUUUGCAACUGGGUGCUGUCUCAACCUUUUGUUGCGCUCGAGUUCACUGAAAAGAUCUAAAACAGUAUUCCGCUUGAUUCAGAGCUCAGGUACUUCGUGCAUCCACUUAACUCCACUGGUUUGGUUUGUAUGAGUGCACAAAACGGGGGAAAGAAAGAGACCUUAUUAGAAAGAAACAAUUUAUUUUCAAAACGCAUGCUCUAUAUCCACGCUGUCCUAUUCUGAUUUUUGGGGGAAAAAAAAAAGUUUUGAUUUCUGUACCCACCUCACACAGUGUCUGCAACCUGCAGCACUGGCAGUCUGGAGGCAAAGGGACCCUUGCUGUGUGCGUUGCAAAGUGAAUUUUGAAAGGCGGUGGAUGGGCGUUGUGUUGGAAGGGCUUUUAGAGUAACAAGUCAAAAAGGGGUUGAAGAGCAGAUUCCCCCAUUGGCCAUGAUUCAUCCCCGCGAUGCUGAAGAGAUCCUCCAGUAUGCACUUAACCUUGUACCAGUUGGUACUGAAAGUGGACUGGCUAAAAUUGCUCUCCUGGGAGAGAGUAAGAGUAAAGUUGAAGUUCGUGUUUGUUGCUGUUGCACCAGAAAUGAAACCUAGCACUUUCCCCGGGGGCCCCUGGCUGUGGGGUCCCAGCUUAGGGUCCAAACUAGGAGAAUGUGUUGGCUCGGAUCAGUUUCUAGAAGAUGAGUAACAAAGCAACUAGACUCACGUUUAAUGUAAAGCAGGUUUUCACUAUCUAUAUUGGCUUCCCCCCACAUGCACGUCGUAGGCAUUGCGUGCUGCUGCUUAAAUUAGCCUCCGUUUUCUACUGCAGAGCAGAUUCCCUUUCUUGUGCGAUGAAAUCCUUCUUCCUUAUCUUUUGUUUCGCUUUCCUGUGUCUUCCCUUGUUCCUCUGUCCCCCUGACAAGUUGAAGACUUUUCAAAUUACCUAGUUAUAAGCAGCUGCAUAAAAGUUUUUGAAGCUGUGCAGUGAGGGCUCUAGUUACACAUGAACUUCUGACCUUAAUUUUGAAAUGCUCUCUUAUCCUCACGUGCACUUUCUUUCCCAUGAUGCUUUUGUCCACAUCACCAAGCUCCUUUUAUAUUCUUGGAGUUGUGUAUUUCUCUUUGUAUUUUACCUAGA